ACCAAUCACAGCCCUACAGAGAAUCACACUUAUUACACAUGCGUCGCAGCCAAUCUCAACCCAACUACUUUCAGAAACCUCAUAGUCUCAUACAUCACAAAGACAAGAACACCAACUCCAAUGUCUUGAAUAAAAACCUCAUCAACCCUUCAAACACCAGAAACCCGUAUCUCUCUCUCUGUGCCAAGAAAUGAAGAAGCUGUACCGCAGAGGCACGGUUCAUCCGUCGCCGCCAAUCGUCUCCGACCACUUGUCCUUCCUUCCCGUCACCAUCCUAGCCCUCGCGGCGGCCCUGUCUCUCGAGGACAGGGAGGUCCUGGCUUACCUCAUCUCCAGCUCCCACCUUAACACCAACAACAACAACAGCUUACCUUCUUCACCCUCCUCACGUAAGACCACAGCCGCUAACAACCGAAAGAGUUCAGCCGCAAAAGGAGGCGGCGGAGACCACCCGGCAAGGUUCAACUGCAGCUGCUUCAGGUGCUACACGAGCUACUGGGCCAGAUGGGACGAGUCGCCGAAUCGAGAGCUGAUCCAUGAGAUCAUCGAUGCUUUUGAAGACGGGUUACCAUCAUCUCAGAGUGGCAGUAAUACUAAAGCGGCAGGGUCAAAGAAUGGUAAGAAAGAGAAGCGGCACAAUAACAAGAGAGGAGGCAGUAGUAAAGGGCCGGGUCAAGGAUCUGACUUGAAUCUGAAGAAGAAGGAUCAUCAGCUGGUGAAGCCUAACAUGGUGGAGGAGAGUAACAGUAGUAGUAGUACUGACUCUGUUGAUCUUGAUGGAGAUGAAGAAAGUAAGGGAUCAGUGAGAAAAUUUGUGAGCUUUCUGGGAGAGAGGAUAUGGGGUGGUAUCUGGAACCAGUAAAAUAUGAUCAGGUGGGUUUUGUUAAUUUAGUAACAAAAAGAACUCAUCUUCUUCAUGUUCAAGGAAGAAAAAUACUCUAAAUUUCCUUCUUCUUUUUUUCUUCUCUUCAGUAAAUUACCCUUUCAGGUAUAUGUAAAAAGGAAAUGGGUAGCUGAAUUUUGACUCUUGGGUCAUCACCAACUAGAUGUGUAAUUUGGUUAUUGCAAAUUUACUUACCACAAUGGAUAUAGAGAUAAUGAGAUAUGCAUGUUGAAAUCUGUGUAUAUUAGGGCUGGGUUCGGCACAUGAUCAAUUCAUUUGGUUAAAUUAGAAAAUUUGUACCAUUACCGAUCACUUAAGCCUUUGUACUAAAUUUUUGGUAUAUCGAUAUAUUUAGUUUAGUUAGUA